AUGCUGCCCGGGUCGAUUCAUGAGGCGCGAGAUGCGGGUUACGAUGCCACCUCGUAUCCCGGGCACGAUAUAACAAACUAUCGCGACAGCCACAGUGCUCCAUGUCUGAUCGAACCGACAACAGCCGCGCGAAAUCCAUCUGAAUCGUCAAUCGGCAAGCUGUAUCCAACUGAGGUUUUCACGGACCCGACCAAUAAGCGUCCUCGUUUCAGCGUUUGGGACUGGGUAUGGGAGUUUGGAGCUUCUAUCUUCAGCCUGGGCUCCCUCGCGGCGGUCGUAGCCGUACUCGCAGCGAACGAACACAAGUCACUAGCAAAUUGGACCUUCGUCUUUGGAAUUAGCCUCAACACUUUGAUAGCUAUCCUCUCCACGUUGUCAAGAACAGCACUCAUGGUUCCAGUAGCUUCCUGCAUAAGUCAGCUCAAGUGGAUACACCUGAUCAGUGCCUCGAGACCUCUUUGCGAAGUCCAGGUUUUUGAAGAUGCCAGCCGCGGCCCUUGGGGCUCCUUUGGGCUUCUUUGGAAACUUCAUGUCAGGGCGAAGCUCGCCACCUGGGGCUGUGUCAUCACGAUCUUGACUCUAGCAAUGGGACCUUUCGCCCAGCAGUUGAUUUCGUACCCUUUGAGAAAUGUCGUCUCCGGCAGAGCAACGUUUUACACCAGCCAUGUGUACGACUCUGCAUAUGGCCAGCCCCGUGGCACCAGAGGAGCAACAGCUUCGACCAUGGGCCCCAAGAUGCAGGGCGCUAUGCUGAAUGGUCUUUUCAACUUGAGCUCGCCAAUGCAGUAUACUUGUAGCACUGGCAAUUGUCAGUGGGACGAUUUCUCUACCCUAGCAGUGGCAAGCUCUUGUCAGAAUGUCACAUCUACCAGCAAGAUCGUGUGCCGCGCCGAGGCGGGGGCACGUUAUUGCAACUAUACUACCCCUUCAGGCCUUUUCAUCAGGGCUAGCAGCUGGCAAAGCUCUGGUGGUGGAGGAGCGACCCGGUUCAACUCCACUGCCAUUACCCCAGAUGUCGGCGGCUCUAGCUGGUCAGGUGAUCGGGAUGGGCCCAUAAAUAGUACCCUUGCAACUAUCGCAAUGGCUGCAUUGUCCAAUGGCUUCAACCUUACGAUGCCUGAUCUGAUGGAGUGCAGCAUGCGCUUGUGUGCUCGAGUUACGCGCAACCUGACUGUGAGCAACGGGACUUUUAUACCAGGUGUUUCUGAAGACUUUGAGCUUGAGGGUGUCCCGGGUAGGUACGAAAUCGACAUGCGGCCCGGGAUCAGUAGCCCUAGAGACUGGUUCACCUUCAAUACGACUGGAGAUCACCCGUCAUAUCCUGGGAAUCGAUCCUUCAGCUACAAUGCGAUCGAUCUCGAUGGUGUGAAAGGAUUCCUUCGCACCAUCUUUUCUCCAGAUGUUGGAACCCCUUACUAUCUAUCUCUCAUGGACUCCCCAGAUCGCGCAGGAACUGUGGCCUUGAUCAGCGAAAGUAUGAGUUACGCCUUCGCCCAUGCCCCAAGUGGAGACGAGCUGGAAGGUAGAAUGCUUAGUGACGAACUGUACAUCGAGGUUCAUUGGAUUUGGAUCAUUCUCCCUCUACUAGAGGUAGUCAUGAGUCUCACAUUCCUAGUGUGUACUUUGAUACACACUCAACGCAAGGGUGUCACAGUUUGGAAGUCGUCCGGGAUCGUUCCAUUGCUGACCGUAAUGGUCGGCUGGGACAACAGCGAGCUCGGAGCUGCUUCCGGAAGAGAUGUCGAGAAGAGGUCGAAGAAAAUGCGCGGACGGCUGGUCGCGAAUGAUGGAAACGUGCAGGGCUUUCAUAGAACGGAGUAG